AAAUAUUUUCAUCUCAACAUCCUAAAUUAAAUACAUUUAGACAUUUAUAUUUGAAUUGAAAGAUGGGAGUUAUAGGGAAGCUAGAAGUUGAUGUUGAGAUUAAGUCACAAGGUGAUCUUUUUCAUGAACUGUUUGGGCAGAAGCCACACCAUGUUGCCAAUAUCACCCCCGAUAAAAUCCAUACUUGUGACGUGCAUGAGGGUCAUUUUGGAAAGCCUGGCUCUAUCAUUUGUUGGGAUUAUACUAUUGAUGGGAAGAAAUGUGUAGCAAAGGAGAUAGUUGAAGAAAUAGAUGAAGAGAAGCAAUAUGUGAAGUUCAAAGUCAUAGAAGGACAUCUCCUUGAAGAGUUCAAGGGCUUUAGCGUGAGUAUUCAUGUUAUUCCUAGUGGUGAAACAACAAUUGUGAAGUGGACUAUUGAGUUUGAGAGGUUUGCUGUUGAUGGGCCCUACCCAACCAAGAUUAUGGACUUUUGCAUUGGUAUCACCAAGGAUAUUGAGGCCCAUCAUCUCAAUGAAUAA